AUGUUUUGUGGAGUAUGCACGUCCUGUUCUACCUUUACCGGCCCGGCCCUAUCAUCCCCAAGGGAGAUGCUACAGCCUCCCCAGCCGAGCAACCAUCCGGUGCUAAUUGCGCGUAAACUUCUGGUCCUCGGUGUGUUCCUGCAAGCAAUCCCCCCUUCUUCUAUCCGAGGCCUGGGCUACGUAGGUACCUCUAUCCGCUCUAUCAUGCCCCGCGUCGUCCAGAGAGCUAUCAGCCUCGUCACUACCAACGAAGAACUUAUCGGCUCCGUCGAGGGCAUUGAAUGCAUAAUGCUCGAGACUAUGUACCAGAACUACGCUGGAAACCUGCAUCGUGCAUGGAUGGCAAUACGCCGGGCGAUUACCGUCGCGCAGAUGAUGGCUCUGCACCGCGGUCUUGCCUCGCCGUCGCUGAAGAUCCUCGACCCUGAGACUCAAGUUGGCUUUUCCCCUAGUCAAACCUACUUUCGAUUGGCUCAAAUGGAUCGCUACCUCUCAAUUAUGCUGGGCCUACCGCAUAUGUUACUCGAAGACCGCUUCUGCACUCCUCAAGUAUUAGAAGGGUUGGAUCCCAAUGAACGCAUGCAACGCAUCCACUGCGCCGUUGCUGGGCAUAUCCUGCAACGAAAAAAUGGCGACGAAAAUGACCUGGUCAAUAUUCACGAGGAGGACUUGCUAUUGCAUAAAGCCGCAGCUGAGAUGCCACCCCAGUGGUGGCUGAUCCCGAAUUUCCUGUCCAGCGAUAGCGAAGAUACAAGGCUCCUUCGUGAUACAAAUCGUAUCAUGGACCAACUCACGCAUUAUCACCUGCUUCUGCGGCUGCAUUUACCUUAUAUGCUUUGCUCCUCAUCUGACCAUAGGUACGAUCAUAGCAGGAUCACCGCCAUCAACGCCAGCCGCGAAAUCCUAUCUCGCUAUAUAGCGCUUCGCACGUCAAACCCCGCGCAGUUCUACUGUCGCGGCUGUGAUUUUCUCGCCUUUAUGGCCAUUACCAUAAUUUGUAUGGCUCACAUUACUUCUCAAAGCCAGUUCCAAGGAUGUGGGGAACUCUCAGGCCUGGUCACUGGUGUCGAAUCCCUUGUCCACAGCCGCCCAAGUGACCGCGGCUACAUGGAGCGUACUCUAGAGAUCAUCGAAUCUAUGGCCUGCAAUGAUAUCGAUUUGAUCGCCUAUAAGCUUACCCGAAUCAUUCACCAUCUGCUCAUCAUUGAGGCAAAUGCUGCCGGGGGUGACUUGUACCACACAAGCUCAUCUAAAGAUACCGAGGGAGGGCUUGAGUAUGACGGCCGGUUAACCAACAGCGGCAAGGCACUGCACAUCCAGAUUCCCUAUUUUGGUGCCAUCAAUUUUGAACGCGGUGUCAUCUCAAAGCCUGCUUCAAAAAUACGAGCGCAACCCGAGCUGGGCAUACCGGCCAUGUCGGUCACGGAUAGACUGCCCCCGGGUCAGCGUGUAGAACACAACCAAAAUCUAUCAUCUGGAUCUGACAUCCUGUCCUCAAAUACUCAUCAGCUAUUGUCAGAGCUCCAGCCCGAAACACAGAAUGGAUCCAUAAGAUUGAACAGUAACGACAGCCUACCCACGCAGCUACCGGCUUUUAAUGGAUUUCCAGGCGAUGACGACGGUGACCUACAAGGCAUUGACUUCUUCUUCGAUAGCCUUUUCUGUGGAGCCGAAAUAAGGAGAAAUAGUUAG